CAAAACGAACUAAAAACGGGAAACGGGAUGGUGGGGAAUGCGCCCGAGAAGAAGAUAGAAAGUAUUUUAAGUGUUUGUCCAACUCCUCAUUCGAAGUUGCGCCGCGCCGUGAGUUACAGCUUCCAGGCCAGUAUGCUGGCCAUUUGGUUUCUGUUCGUCGCCGUGUCUUCUUCGAGCGAUUUUAUCCUAAAUGAAGCAUCGGCCAGCGAGGUCUGGCAGGCUCCGGGAUGCCAUAAAGUCGGUCACACGAGGAAGAUCAGCAUCCCGAACUGCGUGGAGUUCCACAUGACGACGAACGCCUGCCGGGGCUACUGCGAGAGCUGGGCAGUGCCGUCGCUGCCCAAGACGACGCCCAGCCAGCCCAUCACCUCGAUAGGGCAGUGCUGCAACAUCAUGGAGACGGAGAACGUGUCGGCGCGGGUGCUGUGCGUCGACGGGCUGCGCACCCUCACCUUCAAAUCGGCCGUCACCUGUUCCUGCUACCACUGCAAGAAGGAUUGAGCCGUCGCGGCGCCGCGGCGUCGCCGAUGUCAGACGCGUUUCUUUGAGUGUACAUUAUACCCGGUUUAUUGGAUCAAUAGAUAAGCAUAUUGUAAAUGUUAUGUACAUUAUUAACUGCUGCAUGUAUAUAUUGUACUGAC